CCUUCAAUUUCCUGUGGUUGGGAAGCUGUUGUUUUUGGCUUUGGCUUUGGCUUUGGCUUCUUUUUCUUUUUCAUGUUUGGUGGAGAAGGUAGAAGAGAAGACGGGAUUUGAGGAAGUGGGUUUUUGGUUGGGUUUUGGAGGUGGGUUUUGCUUGAAUUUUGCAAUAAGAGAGUGAAAGAAAAAUGGAGAGAGAUUUUAUGGGUUUGAACUUAAAAGAAUCAUUGGUUGUGGUUAAGGAAGAGGUUAACGGUGAGGGGUACAAAGAAAUUGGUUUUUCUAAACGCUCAGGGAUACAAUGGCCAUUUUCAAACAAAGUUUCUGCUGUUCCACAGCUGAUGAAUUUUAAUUUUGCUCAAGGAGAUAAAGUUAAAAAGAUUGGAUCUGAUUCUCUGGUAUCCCCUGGGUUCAUGCGUAUCUCAGCAGCAGAUGCUGCUGAAGUUCAGAAAUCGUUCAAUCACAAUAGGCAAGGUGGCAGUCAUUUUUCAUUGCCAGCUUGUUCUCUGCAACAUGAUCUACAUCCUGUUCAAUGUCCUUAUGAUGUGAAGAUGUUUCCAGUCUCAAACCAGGCAGUUUCUGUUUCUGUGAGCAACCCUUUCAUGAAGAAUCAAUUUGCAACUGCUGGUCUAAAUUUGCCUGUUACUUCCAUGAAGCCACAAUUACUUGGAGGAAUUCCAGUGACUACUCCACAUUCAAUUCUUCCCACCCUUGGUUCUGUUGUUGGAAGUAUUGAACCGUGGAAAAGUGUCAAGGCCUCUGGAUCGCCUGCUCAAUUGACUAUCUUUUAUGCGGGUACGGUGAAUGUCUACGAAGAUAUCACCCCUGAGAAGGCUCAGGCUAUCAUGUACUUGGCUCAAAAUGGAUCUUCCGUGGCUUCUAGUGUGGCACACCCGAAACUGCAAGUCCAGACACCUAUUUCAAAGCCAGUUCAAGUUGAUAGUGUUCCUGCAAACCAGCUCAUAAACACACAACUGAGCUCUGGUCUCUCAAGCCCUUUAUCUGUUUCAUCUCAUAAUGGUGCUCAGUCCAGGAGUGGGUCCACUACCACUGAUGAACUGACGGUAUGCAAAAGCACAGGAACUCCAACAACCCCUAUUAGCAAAAUGGAGCCUCCAAAAAUGGUGAAUACCAAGGGAUCUGUUGCUGCAACCAGCAUGAUGCCUUCUGUUCCACAAGCUCGCAAAGCUUCCUUGGCUCGGUUUUUGGAGAAGCGCAAGGAAAGGGUUAUGAGUGCAGCGCCAUACAAUCUAAGCAAGAAGUCUCUAGAUUGUGCUACCCUGGAAUCCAAUGCAUGAACUUUGCGGCAAUCUCAGCGGCAGGGGUUGAUCACUUUCAGCAAGCGAGGAGGGUAACCGUGAUUUAUGAUUUGCCAUUAGAAGGAAACUUAAGCAAGUCUAUGUAGUGUGUCAAAUAUGUAAGCAACUGGUUUUUUGUUUUAUCUAAUUAAAAGAACUGUAAUCCUGACUCUGCUUGAAUUCCAUCAACUAAGAUUAUUGUGUAGUUGGUGUAGGGUUAUACCCUUUUUGUUUUCUUUAUAUUAAUGUAGACGAUUUGCUACUUUGUAACCAUUCAGUUGUUGUUACAUGGUAGAAAUAAUACAAUAUAUAGUAAGAUUUUUGUAUUU